GGAAGUCCCCUAGCAGGUUGGGUGACAAGUUUUGCCGAGAGCUCCUGGGCCAGGAGUGCAAAGAUUCUGGAUUCUUGGUUCUGGCCUUAGUUCUUAGUGGCUCUGUGGCUCUGAUUUGAUCAGUAAACUUUAGUGUAUUUAACAGUCGGAGUAAAGUGACAAAAUCGGUCCUGUGCUUAAAACUUUAUGGUUCUCAAAACCUGAUUUUAUAGACCUUGUUAGCUGCCACUUACUAUACUGGUUCAGGGCCAGGCUUAACUCUCUGGAUCUGACAAAAAUAUAAUAUAAAAAUAUUUAAUUUGGAAGCAUAUACGUUCCCGUUCUUUUAUUUCAUGAGUAUCCAUAAAGAUCGAAGAAGAGUGAUCAAUUAAUUCUUGCUGGAGUGAUUUUUACAUCUUUUACUUCUUUUGCUAUUUAUAGUAGAAUUCCCAUUUGAUUCUUUGGAAAGAUGCGAUAUUUAGUCUGAAAUCAAGAAAGGUGGUUUGCUAAAGAAACAUAAAAUUAGCCCUAUUGUUAAAUAGGAUGCUUGGUAAAAAAGCAUCCCUCCCAGGAGAAGCCAUUGGGGAGCCGAGGAGUUUGGGGUCACCGCCAAUUUCAGGAGAGAUGAAAAAUCUUGAAAUCAAGUGGGCAGAGGGAAAUGUGGCAAAUCUCAAGGAACCAGACUGGUUUUAACAGAGAAAAUUCAAUUUUACCUGCUUUUUCCCAGCAAAUUCCAUUUGAUAUUUUACAUUUUCUUGAUAACUUAAUAAAGAAUCUCCGGAAAGAGUUGCAGAACUUUAGCUUAGUGAAAGAGAAUUUGUCAUUUGUGACAUUUCUUCUCUAAAUAGCAUGGGAAGAUCAAUGUAUUAGCUUGUAGUUCAUGCAUUACUAGCUCUAGCUGUUUCUAUUCUGAAAGGAAACAGCCUGUGAUGUGGCAAAGCCUGGCACAGUGAGGAAUUUGGCUCAGUCCCGAAACAUUCAUUGAACUCUGCCAGAGAAGCAGAAAAUAAAGCACAAUCCCUGUCCUCAAGGAGCACCAUUGUAGGAAGGAAGCCAACAAGAGACAGACACUUUAAAGUGAUAGGAAAUAUGAAAAAACUAUAAACAGAAGAAGAGAAUGUCAGCUGCGCCUUCCAAAUAUGCACUCAGGGCACUUCCUGAGUGUCACCUGAGCUGAGCCCCGCCUUCCCUCACCUGGGUUCAGCCUCCUGCCUGGAUCUCCCUGCCCCACCCAGUACCUGCAACCUGUUCCCACACAGCAGCCAGGACUGUCCUUUGGCACUGUAAGUCCCCUCAUUCCAUUUCUCCACCCAGCACCCUCUCUGGCUCCCAGUUUUGCCAAAUGCAGAAGACUCACAGCUCACACUCGCGAGACUGUCACUCACACGCUCGCUCCAGCACAGCUGCACACUCACACCCACGCAUGCCGCCCUCUGACCACCCCUCCCACUGCUUUGACCUUCCCUCACUCCAUUUGGCUUCCUAGAUGUUCCAGGGACCCGUCAGGUAUGUCCUUGGGGCUUUCACAGUGACUCUCUACGCGGAACACUUGCGCGUGGACAGCUGCUCAAAUGUCGCCGCCUCGGUGAAGCCCCACCCUGUCCACUCUAUUUAAAAUUACAGCUUGCGUCCAUUCUUUUUAUCCUGCUCUACGUUUUCUGUUUUGUUUAUCUCAGCGCUUAUCACCCCUCUGGCAUACUAUAUGAUUUAUUAUUUAUUAACUUUGUUUAACAUCUGUCUUCCUCCUCCACUGAUACGUAAGCUCCAAGACAGCAGGGCCUUAGUUUUUGUUUAAUGCUGUUCAAUCUAGAAUACAGUCUUGAACAAUCUAGAACAAUUCCUGACAUGCGUGCGACAAGUAUCCCGUCAUUAUUGGUCCAACGAGUGAACGAAGGGAUUAGGAGAGACCCGUUCUGAGAGUUCUAGGGAGAACUGCAAGGAAGAAACCCUGGAGCUGGGUGUGGAAGGACAUUCCAGAUGGGAUUUCAUGAGCAAAGACAGAAACGCAGCUGAGCUCCCAAGAGCUCCUGGACUGGCAGAGUCCACCUAGCUGGGGGCCGUGGGAGGGCUGGUGGCGGGUCGAUAAAUUAAUGAAUAGGAAAUAUCUCAAGGGGAUUCUUAGUAGGGUGAAGGAACACGCUGAUCACUGCUUUAAGGACGUGGCAAGCAUGUUGGUGAUUGAAAUCUCAGACCUCAAGCAAGUAGCACCCAGAACGUGGGCAUGCCGUGGCGGCAGGGCAUCGGUAAUGCGAAUGGCGUUGCUAAUGAGAUCUGGCUUUUAUACAGUGCUCAACUGUUUGCAAAACAUGGUCACAUGCUUUUUAGGAUGUAAGCUUCAUAGAGUGAAGGGAAUUGGGCAAGUAUUGUUAACAUAUUUGGAUAAGCUUUUGAAAAAGUUACGUGCAUCUUAUAUUGGAGGAAAUGAAGCCUCAAAACCAGAUGUUAGUAGGCAGGAAGAGGCGGAGGGAGAACUCAGUGAAGGAGAGCCCUGGUAUGGAAACUCUUCUGAGACUCCGUCAGAAGCAUCCUAUGGAGAAGUCCAGGAGAACUAUAAGCUGUCUCUGGAGGACCGGAUCCAGGAGCAGUCCACUUCCCCCGACACCUCCUUGGGAAGUGCCACUCCCAGCAGCCACACGCUGGAGCUGGUGGCGCUCGAUGGUGAGGUCCUGCGAGACUCACUGCAGUGCCAAGACCACCUCUCCCCCGGAGUGUCUUCUUUGUGUGAAGAUGACCCCCCGGGUUCCAAUAAACCCCUGAGCAGCAACUUAAGGAGGCUGCUGGAGGCUGGCUCCCUCAAACUCGAAGCCACGGCCACGGCCAAUGGCCGAGUGGAGUCCCCUGUGAACAUUGGCUCGAACCUCUCCUUUUCCCCGCCGUCCCAUCAUGCCCAGCAGCUCAGCGUUCUGGCCAGGAAGCUGGCUGAGAAGCAGGAGCAGAAUGACCAGUACACUCCAAGUAACCGUUUUAUAUGGAACCAAGGUAAGUGGUUGCCAAACUCAACCACCACCUGCGGCUUGUCCCCGGAUUCAGCCAUCCUCAAGCUGAAAGCCGCAGCCAAUGCUGUUCUGCAGGACAAAUCUCUCACCAGGACGGAGGAGACCAUGCGAUUUGAGUCCUUUUCCUCCCCCUUUAGCUCCCAGUCUGCCAGCUCGACCUUGGCAGCUUUGUCCAAGAAGGUCAGUGAGAGAAGUUUGACUCCUGGUCAGGAGCACCCACCUCCGGCCAGCUCUUUCCUGUCCCUGGCUUCUAUGACCUCCUCAGCGGCCCUUCUGAAAGAGGUCGCAGCAAGGGCUGCCGGCAGCCUCCUGGCCGAGAAGUCAUCCCUGUUGCCCGAGGACCCUCUACCGCCACCGCCUUCUGAGAAGAAGCCAGAAAAAGUAACCCCGCCACCCCCACCGCCACCUCCGCCACCCCCGCCGCCACCGCCACAGUCCUUGGAAUUAUUGUUACUCCCCGUUCCCAAGGGAAGAGUUUCCAAACCCUCCAGUUCAGCCUCAGAAGAGGAAAGCGGGAAGCCUUUCCAGUGUCCGAUUUGCGGUUUGGUUAUAAAAAGGAAGAGUUACUGGAAGCGGCACAUGGUGAUCCACACAGGUUUAAAAAGUCAUCAGUGUCCGCUCUGCCCAUUCCGGUGUGCUCGCAAGGACAAUCUCAAAUCCCACAUGAAGGUUCACCAACACCAGGACCGGGGAGAGACCUUCCAGUGCCAGCUAUGCCCUUUCACUUCCUCUCGCCACUUCAGCCUGAAACUCCACAUGCGCUGCCACCAGCACUUCCUGAGGACAGAGGCCAAGGUGAAGGAGGAGACCUCAGACCCAGAUGUCAAGGGAUCUCCCCACCUCAGUGACAGUGGCUGCCUGGGGCAGCAAAGGGAAGGAGGAGGGACAGAGCUAGUGGGGACCGUGAUGACGUCUAACACUCCAGAGAGGACUAGCCAGGGUGGGGCUGGCGUCUCGCCUUUGCUGGUGAAGGAGGAACCCAAGGAAGAUAACGGCCUGCCCGCCUCCUUUACCCUGAGUGCCACCGACAGGCCCGCCAACCACACAAAGCUGAAAGACCCCUCCGAGUAUGUGGCCAACAGUGCGGCAGCAUUGUUCAGCCAGGACAUCUCUGUUAAGAUGGCGUCUGAUUUUCUCAUGAAGCUGUCAGCUGCAAAUCAGAAGGAGCCCCUGAAUCUUAACUUUAAAGUGAAAGAGGAGCCCAAGGAAGAGGAAGCCCUAAGCACGGCCUUGCCUCGGCCCAGCUAUGUGUUCCACCCAGAACCUGAAGUGGCAGCCCAGAGCAUCUCCGAGGACACGCCGAAGCCCCAGGACGGGAAGGGGAAUGUGUUGAGGCGGGAUAUGUCAGUCAAAGCCGCGUCUGAACUUCUCAUGAAACUCUCAGCGGAAAGCUACAAGGAAACGCGGACGGUGAAGAUUAAAGAGGAACCCAUGGAGGUUGAUGUCCAGGACGCCCCCGUCUCCAUAUCACCCAGCCGGAACGCUGGCUACAGCACUUUAAUCGGGCGAGAGAAAACCGAACCCUUACAGAAGAUGCCGGAGGGCAGGGUACCCCCAGAGAGGAACCUCUUCAGCCAGGACAUCUCUGUGAAGAUGGCUUCCGAGCUCCUCUUUCAACUGUCGGAAAAAGUGAGCAAAGAGCACAAUCACACGAAGGAAAACACCAUCCGGACGACCACCAGCCCUUUCUUUUCAGAAGACACAUUUAGACAAUCACCAUUCACCUCCAAUUCAAAAGAUCUGCUGCCCAGUGAGUCUGUGCUUCACGGAAGAAUAUCCGCUCCAGCAGAAACAGAAAAGAUAGUCCUGGAGGCGGGAAACGGAUUGCCAUCCUGGAAAUUCAACGACCAGCUUUUCCCCUGCGACGUGUGUGGGAAAGUGUUUGGCCGACAGCAGACCCUGUCCCGACACCUCUCGCUGCACACAGAGGAAAGAAAAUACAAAUGCCACUUGUGCCCCUAUGCUGCUAAGUGCCGUGCGAAUCUGAACCAGCACUUGACUGUCCAUUCUGUGAAGCUGGUGAGUACAGACACCGAGGACAUUGUCAGCGCUGUCACCUCUGAAGGCAGUGACGGGAAGAAACACCCUUAUUAUUACAGCUGCCACGUGUGUGGAUUUGAGACUGAGCUCAAUGUCCAGUUUGUCAGCCACAUGUCACUCCACGUGGACAAGGAGCAGUGGAUGUUUUCCAUCUGCUGCACCGCCUGCGACUUUGUCACCAUGGAGGAAGCAGAGAUCAAGGCUCACAUUGGCACCAAGCACACAGGGGAAGACAGGAAGACCCCCAGCGAAUCAAAUAGUCCCUCUUCGUCCUCCCUCUCAGCUCUGAGUGACUCAGCCAACAGCAAAGACGACUCAGAUGGCUCCCAGAAGAACAAGAGCGGGAACAAUCUGCUGGUCAUCUCUGUCGUGCCUGGGAGCCAACCCUCGCUGAACAGCGAGGAAAAGCCAGAGAAAGGGUUCGAAUGCGUUUUUUGCAACUUUGUCUGCAAGACGAAGAACAUGUUUGAGCGCCAUUUGCAGAUACACCUCAUCACCCGGAUGUUUGAGUGUGACGUGUGCCACAAGUUCAUGAAGACCCCCGAACAGCUGCUGGAGCAUAAGAAAUGCCACACUGUCCCCACCGGUGGGCUCAACUCAGGACAGUGGUGAGUUUCAGACUCCUCUAGGUGCCCAUUCUGCAUUUAUUCCACCAACCGCCCCGCUGCCAUGGAGUGCCACCUCAAGACCCACUACAAGAUGGAGUACAAGUGCCGGAUCUGCCAGACGGUGAAGGCCAACCAGCUGGAGCUGGAGACGCACACCCGGGAGCAUCGCCUGGGCAACCACUACAAGUGUGACCAGUGCGGCUACCUGUCCAAGACCGCCAACAAGCUCAUCGAGCACGUGCGCGUCCACACCGGGGAGCGGCCCUUCCACUGUGACCAGUGCAGCUACAGCUGCAAGCGCAAGGACAAUCUCAACCUGCACAAGAAGCUGAAGCACGCCCCUCGCCAGACCUUCAGCUGCGAAGAGUGCCUCUUCAAGACCACACACCCUUUCGUCUUCAGCCGCCACGUCAAGAAGCACCAGAGCGGGGACUGCCCCGAGGAGGACAAGAAGGGCCCGAGUCCAGCGCCCAAGGAACCGGCCAGCCCCGGGGCCCCGCUCCUGGUCGUGGGGAGCCCCCGGAACCUCCUGUCUCCCCUGUCGGUCAUGUCGGCCUCCCAGGCCCUGCAGACCGUGGCCCUGACGGCCGCCCACGGCAGCAGCUCGGAGCCCAACCUGGCACUCAAGGCUCUGGCCUUCAACGGCUCCCCUCUGCGCUUUGACAAGUACCGGAACUCGGACUUUGCCCAUCUCAUUCCCUUGACCAUGUUGUACCCCAAGAACCACUUGGAUCUCACAUUCCACCCUCCCCGACCUCAGACUGCGCCUCCCAGCAUCCCCUCCCCCAAACACUCCUUCCUCGCCUAUCUCGGACUAAGAGAAAGAGCAGAGACUGUCUGAGGGCAGCCGCGCUCUGUACCAAAAACGGACAGAGACAGGAAACAAACAACAAAAACCCACAAAACUUAAACACAACCCCAGCAGGUGUAUGUUGCUGCAAAACCUACAGGCCCCAGGGGUCUGAGCCACGUGUACUGUAUAUCUUUAGUAAGGAAUAGAGAAUUGGCUGUGUGUGUAUACCUAUCGCAUUACCUACAAGCUGCUUUCCCCAGCCUUCAGAGAGGUGACCCCUGCCUACUUCUACCUUCAGAGGCAUGCCUCCCCAGCCACCUGCCCCCACUCCAGCCCUUCCGUACUUCUCUCCGAACGGAAUUUUGUCUCGUUAAACCCUCAAGAGAGUGUCCUUAAUAGCAAUCAGCACUUGUAAGCUUCUAUACCGGUGCAUUUGGUUUUCUGUUGGGUGAAUGGGCUGUGUGGGCGUUUGUGGAUUCCAAAAAGCAAGCCGUGUGUCGCGCGUGCCAUGACUUCUCUGUUGCACAUUCUCUGUACUGGCUUCUUGAACGGGGAUGAACGUCCUUCUCCCUCCCGGGCUGUUCAUCCACUACAGUUUCUCCCUGAGUUCCUUCAUCACCUUUCCCUCUCUAUUUUCCAGCUACAGAGUGGUAGGGCCUGGUGCUCAGUGGAUGAAGGGAUGGCAGGCAUCUGCAGUGCUGCUGGACAUUUCCCACAGAGUGCUGGACACCCCGAGCUCAGAUCUUCUCUGGUUAUGAAGAUGCGAGACAUCAAGCGACUGGUCUGCAAGAAAUAUCUUGCAGCACUGCAGCUGGCAUCACAAAACUUAAGUGUCGUUGUGCGUGCCCAUGCGGAAGCAGUGUGCAUGGAGCGCGCACACAGCGCAUCCUUUUUUUAAGGGCAGAUUAAAUAUAUAUAUAUAUGAUGUAUUAAUUCAGUGGUUACCAUUUGUUUGCAGAAAAAAAAAUUGUAUGAGUGGAAAACUUUAUGGUUGAUAAAUCCAGCCAAGGAGAUUAAAAGGGGUUUGGAUAAAUUCUGGGUAUAAAUGCUCAGACUAAAAAAAAAAAAAAAGAAAAAGAAAAAAAAAUGAAGCGGCAGUUUUGCACAGUGCUUUUGGCCUUGCACUAGUUUUUGUUUCUCAUGGGGGAAAAAGAAAAAGAUAAAAGGAAGAAAAUGUACCUUUUUUACGGAAUGAGUAGACUGUAUGUUUGAAAAUUUAGCCACAACCUCUUUGACACAUAAUGACACAACAAAAAGGUGCUGUUGAGUCCUUGAGUUUAGUUAUGCCCCUGAGAAGUUUCCAUUGUGUCUGCAGAUCCUCUGGCUGUAGCCAUGUCCUCCGUGUGAUUAUAACUCUGUAUUCCAUUUUGUUAACGCCUGGUAGAUGUAACCUGCUAGGAGACUAACUUUAUACUUAUUUAAAGCUCUUAUUUUGUGGUCAUUAAAAUGGCAAUUUAUGUGCAGCACUUUAUUGCAGCAGGAAGCAGGUGUGGAUCGGUUUCACAGCCCUUGGCUCAUCUUAAAAAAUAAUGGAUGGCUUAAAAAGAAAAAAAAGAAUGGAAAAAAAUCUUUGGCUGAAUAUGUUCAUUGCUUGGGUUUUUAAGACAACAGAAUUUCCAGUAUAAAAUAGGCUAAAAGAGCAGGAAGAAAUGUGCUUUGUAUAGUAAUGGGAAAUUUGGAAUAUAAAAGUUUAUGUAUUAUUUAUCUAUGGAAGAGCUGGUGUACAGGAGGAACGCUUUCUUACUGUGUUGCUGUUUUCCCAAUGUGUGUUAUCCUAAAGUUGGGAUUCUUCUUUUUUUUUCAUCUGUUUCACCAGGGCAAAAUAAAUGCAUCCCUGAUUUUCUUCCUCUA